AUGAGCCUCAAAUCUCCGAUGUCUGCUCUUCCGUUCGAGAACAAAGGCAGCCAUAUCAUGCCUAGAAAUGGAAACUGUUUUCUAGUCCGUCACACCCCUCAUCCCAGAAGAGUCUGCCACAUCAAAGGUCUGAAUAACAUUCCCAUCUGUACUGUGAAUGAUGAUGAGAACUCACUGGGAGCAUUGUGGGGUGUUGACGAGUUCAACUACUUAGAGAAGGAUGAGAUACCAUUUGCCAAAUGCAGUUAUGCACCCAGCGCUGCAGCCCCGGAGAGCCCUGUCAGAGGAGUCUCACCAGCCCCAAACAAUGUCAAGGUGCCCCCACGGCCUCAUUCUGAGCCCUGUAGAAAAAUCAAGGAGCGCUUCAAAACUUCCAGUGAGAAUCCCUUAGCAAUUAAGAAGGAAGAAAUUAAGGUAAAAAAGCCACUGUCACCUCCAAAAGCAUGCUCUGCUGCUGACUCUUGUUCUUCAGAGGUGAUGAGUACCGAGACUGACGUCAAAGAGAACACUGUUUGCAUACCAAACUAUCUGGAUCAGGAAAUCAAAAUUCUGGCAAAGCUCUGUAACAUUUUACGCACUGAUUCUCUGGCUGAAGUUCUACAGUGGCUACUUCAUGCAAGCUCAAAAGAAAAAGAGUGGGUCUCAGCUUUGAUUCAUGCUGAACUGGCUGAAAUAAACUUGUUGGCCCAACAAAGAAACAGCAUAGCAAAUCUAGCUGCAGAGACUAGGAAGCCGUCCAAAGUUAAAUCACCCCCGAAUUCACCUGCAAAAUUGAAAGUGCUGACCAGAACGACGCAAGGACAUCAACCCACUAGAGUGUCAAGUCAAGGAUCUGAAGGAAAUAAGGAAGCGCCAAAAGAGGCUGAGCACAGGCCUCCGUUGUUUAUAAGAAGAAAUAAUAUGAAAAUGCCCAUUGCAGAAUAUUUCAGCAAACCAAAAUCUCCUCCCAGGCCUAAAAUUCAGGAAAGCUUAUCAACAAAACCAGUGUCUGCAAGGAGUAUGCAACAAGGAUGCAAUCUCUCUCCCCAGAGAGCAUUUUAUCCUUAA